UUAUGGUUUGUAAGAGGUAAACUGGCGACAACAUUAAUCAUUCGACUUCGCCACUCUCUCACUCACUUUCUUUAAUUUCAUCCGACGGAGACGAUGAAAUGCAUAUCGUGCCUGGAGGACUACGAAUCCGACGACGCCGGCACCUGCAAGGAGUGCUACGAGGAGGCCAACGAGACCGAGGAGGAGCUCAAGCGCGAGAUCGACGACCUCAAGGCCAAGGUCGCCUUCCUCCGCCUCACUCGCUCCCUCCCCGCCUCCUUCUCCGACGUCGUUUUGGUUGCCUCCGAGGAUGCCUCCGCCGGCUCCGCCGUGCCUGUGCCGGCCCAUAAGGCCGUUUUGGUGAGCCGUUCUCCGGUGUUCAAAGCCAUGCUUGAGAAUGAGAUGGAAGAGAGCCUGAGUGGCACCAUCAAGAUCAGUGAUGUGUCCUAUGAUGCCCUUCGUGCCUUCGUCAACUACCUCUACACAGCAGAGGUAUGCCUUGACGAGGACAUGGCGUGUAACCUCCUAGUACUGGCUGAAAAAUACCAAGUGCAGCAUCUCAAGGUCCAUUGCGAGAAGUUCUUGGUGUCAAAACUGAACUGGGAAAAUUCCGUUUUGAGCUACACCUUUGCGCACCAGCAUAAUGCGAAGCAUAUCAUUGACUCGGCAUUGACAUUGAUCACAGACAACAUGGACAAGCUUACUACCCGGGAGGAGUACGUGGAGCUAGUGGAGAAAGAUCCACGACUUGUAGUCGAAAUCUAUGAAGCUUAUCUCUCCAAACAGGUGAAUACAGCUGCCCAGAAGGAUUCUUCCGUGAAGACAUAGGUGCUCGUUGUCCCGACCUGAAUCUAGGAUUCUUUGUGAAGAUAUGAUCAUACGAGUUUCAAAUUGGUCUUCUCUUUUUUUUUGUAUAAUUAAGUAGAUGAACUAGCUAGUGAAGAUACAAAUAUCAAGUGGUAAACUGUUUGUGGUAGCACAUGGUGCAUUUUAGCGUGGGUGGCAUCACUUUACUUAAUCUCCAAGGCCCAUGGCAUCUGCCUUUCUCG